AGCUCUGGGAGGCUUGUUUUCUCAAAUGGUCUUCACGGAUCCGCCCAGGAAGUGGCAGACGACAGGGCAAGAGAGCUGCGAGCGAACACAUCCGACCGAGUUGCGUUGAGCUCCUGACGACUUGUCAUAAACUUGAGGAAAAAUUUCGAGUUUCGUCGUUCCGUGUUCGGUCACCGGUGGGAUGAACGUACUUUCCCCUUAAGAGCGGCCCGACCGUCCCGUCUGCCGUGCACCGUGGCGGUCCGCUUGAUUAAGUUAACACGGGCAUGAAUGGCGGGGUUUUAUCUCGGUUCUCCUACCGUCAGUCUGCUGCGAGAAAGUAAUCUGGGUUUUAGCUAACACGACGAGAGGAAAGUGGGGGGUUUUGUUUUCGCGGUUUAACGCUUCUUUUGUCUUUAUUUUUUUAACCCUUUCUGGAUCCUGUUAUCAUGACGCCUGACCUCUUGAACUUCAAAAAGGGAUGGAUGUCAAACCUGGACGACAGCGGGGAGUGGAAGAAGCAUUGGUUUGUUCUGACUGAUGCAGGCCUGAAGUACUACAGAGACUCAACUGCAGAAGAGAAAGACGACUUGGACGGGGAGAUUGACCUUAAAUCCUGCGUGAAGGUGUCAGAGUUUGACGUGGAGAAGAACUAUGGCUUUCAGAUACAGACACGUGAGGCCGUGUUCACGCUUUCUGCCAUGACGGCUGGGAUCAGGCGGAACUGGAUCGAGGUUUUAAAGAAGUGCAUACGGCCCAGCAGCUCUCCAGACCUCACGCAAUUACCUGACAGCAGCAGCGACAAGGAAAACUCCCAUUCUCGCUUUCUGCUGUCUUCCCGUCGCCCAUCAUCACGGCAUGGCGACGCCCCGUCAGAAGUUCCAGCCUCCGCCCCUCCGACUUUGCGUAGGUUUGACUAUGUCGAGUUGUCCCCUGUUCCCGCCUCCUCCAGCCCUCUCCCGGCCAGUCAGAGAGAAGCAGGGGAGGGGCAGGGGAGAGAGCAUAGCCAAUGGCAGGAGGAGAGGAAUACGAGCAGCCAGUGGGAGGCUUUGCUGUCCAGGAAGGGCGUCGGCAUGGGAUCAAACCAAAGACUACGCGUGGAAGACGAAAUCGAGAAGAAGUGGGCCGAGUUUGAAAGAAUGCCGUUAAAGGAGAUGAGCUCCUCGCCACCAAUGGGAUUACGGUCUUCCAGCCAAUCAGCCAAUGAGGCGCUGCAGAGGGAGGUGGCGUCACUGAGGCAGCAGCUGGAGCAACUACAACGAGGGGGAGGCGGGGGAGGGAGAGGCGGGGGAGGCGUGCAGGGCGGCUGCGGCCCCGAGGCGCCCUGCAGCCGCAGCCUGGCGGCCAUGGAGCGCGCUCACCGGCAGGCGCUGCAGGAGCUACAGAAGCGGCAUGACCGCCAACUGAAGGAGCUGGAGACCGAGAAGGACAGGCUGUUGCUGGAGGAGACGCAGGACACCGCACGAGUGAUGGAGGCUUUGAAGAAGAAACACAGAGAGGAACUGGAGAGAGAGGUAGAGAAGGUGAAGAGGCUGAGCAGCGGAGGUCUGGACUCACAGUCUUUGCGAGCCCAACAACAGGCAGAAGUUCAGGCCUUGCAGAGAGAACUGUCUGGACUGUCUGAGCGCUACUCCCAGAAGUGUCUGGAGCUAAACCGAGCCGAGCAGAACAGCGCUGAAAGAGAGAGGGAAAUCAGCCGCAAGGAGAGAGAUAUGGAGCAGCUGAAAAAAGAGAACCAGGAUCUAAAGACCCGUUUGACAGAAGAGAUCACCCGCAUACGAUCUACCGUCACAGUUCACGGCUCAGAGGAGAGGAUACCCUGUGAACUGCAGGUUCUUCUUAGGAUGAAAGACAACGAGAUCGAGUACUUACACAAAGAGAUCAGCUGUCUGAGGAACGAGCUGCAGUUUCUUAACUUGGAAAAGCAACUGGCCUGCGAUCGAUACACCGAGGUGCACGAAGAGCUGAGCGGGAUGAAAGGCCGAAACGAGCGAGAGAUCCAGAGCCUUAAAGAGCACUUAAAGCUGGCGAUGGCUGCUCUGCAGGAGGGGCAGAAGCUGGGGAACAGCCUGGACCACUGAGAGGCUGCUGCUGGUACUAACGCUCUGGCAGGUGUGUCGCCGCUUCAUUGGAAGAGAGAUUUGGAGAUAAGUGUUGUUUCCAGCUGUGGGGACCUUCAUCAUGCCUUCGUUUUCAAUCAUUCUGCCAACGAGCAGCGUAGAGUAGCCGUUAGCUGGUUUCAUUACACUGGGCCACACCUGAUAUAUAAAACUGCACUUUUAAUUAUUUUUAUUUUAGCUUUUUGCUUUUGUGAGUGCAAGCGUGUAUGAGUGUGCAUUUGGUCCAAAAACUGGAAUAUUUGUUGAAUGAUUUUUUUCUUUUUUUUUAUCAGGUAUUGUAGAUAAGAGUUCAUACUGUAUCGGCUUUUGUAGUUGGAUAAGCUUCUCGUUCCCUCAUGUCUGCUGCCUCAGACAGCAGCGGUCAGAAGAGCUACUGUCAUUUCAGUUUCCUGUUGUACAGUUUUUCGCGUUUACCUUGUCAAGAUGACACACUUGUUUUCUUAAGAAAUGGGAGCUUUUCAUUUGCUGUAAUUAUUAUUUUUUUACACAAUUGUUCUCAUGUUCUGUUAUAUUUGUGGAUACGUAUUUUUGGAGAAAAUAUUUAGGGAUUAAAACAGGACAAAACAGCAAAAUUUCUACUUCCUGGCUGAAUUGCAAAUUGUUCUAUGAUAAUGUCGAAGCAAAUUCAGGCUCAGCUUUUUUUUUGGGAUGCUUGUCGAAGCUGUUGGAUGAAUGUUGUCCCGCAUUACAGAUGUCUUCAUUUUUUUGUUUACCACGGUUGAGAACUCAGAAGCUUUAAGUCUCCCCUGAUCUUUAUGGGCAUAUACAGCAUGUGCCACGACGAAUAACAGGUGUUGCAUCAAUGAGCCAAUUUUUUUUGUUGAUAAUGUGUAUUGUGAUAAAAUGACUUAUCUACUUGCCUUUUGAAAACAUUUUCAUAUUUAAUGUACUAUAGAGCCUCGUGUCUUUUCUUUGUAAAUUAUACACAUUUUUUGCAAUCAAUUAAAAAAAGUCCUGCAGUAAAA